UAAAACCGUUAAGAUCUAGAAACCGAUCUGAACAAAUUCUCGCGUCGAGACAAUUAACAGACCACGAGCGAACAAUUUACGAUAAUUCUAGAUUUUCUUCCGACAUUUCUCGAACUGUUUACCUGCUCGACCAGUUUACAGCUCAUCGAGGUGAGGGGCACGACUUUCUUUUCAAAGGGCUUGAAGUGUAUCAAGUUAAAGCAGAAAUCUUUGGUGGAAUUUACGCGAGACCAGAUUGUUAUGAAUAACACAACUGGAGUGGUAGAAAAUUCACCAAACGAUUCGGAGACGCUAAGAACAGUUAAGAUGACAUUGUACGCAACAAUUUUUAUUAUAGGUAUUAGUGGAAAUACAUUAGUAUGUCUGGUCGUUUGUCGACAGCAAAAACUCCGCACAUCAACAAACUUCUACAUCAUGAACUUAGCGGUAGCAGAUUUGGCGGUGACCAUAGUCUGUAUACCUUUUGAUGUUGCUGUGCAAGAAAACGACUAUGUCUGGCCGUUUGGAAAGUUCCUUUGCCACGUCAUCUAUCCGAUUAUGACCAUGUGCACUUUCGCUUCAGUAGGAACACUUACAGCGAUCGCUUACAACCGAUAUACCGCCAUUUCACGCCCGAUGAGGAUGCAGAGAGGACGUAAAUGGGCAAAAGUAACUAUAGCUGUCAUUUGGGCUGUCUCCUUUGUUUUCGUCUUGCCGUAUAUAACCGUAUUAACGACAAAAAAUUCUCGCUGUGUUGAGAAAUGGUCUACGCUCCAUAGUCGCUUGUACACUUGGUUUAUUUUUAUUUUUCAGUAUGUUAUUCCUUUAUCUAUAAUUUCCCUGGCUUAUGUGAAAAUUGCGAGACAGUUACAGAUUAAUCGCAGUCACCUCACACCGGCCCACCGGGUACAGGAACGCGACGUAUCGAAAGUUGUUCGAAUGAUGGUAGUCGUUGUUUUAAUAUUUGCAGUAUGCAUGCUUCCAAAUCAUAUUCUCUGGCUUCUUACUGACUUUCACAAGGAUUUUCCCGAAGCAGGGCGCCAAGUUUAUGUAUGGGGCGAAAUUUUAAUAUACGCAAACAGCUGCACGAAUCCAAUAGUGUACAGUAUCUGUAUUGAGGAAUUUCGCGUGGCUUUUAAAGCCUUUAUCACCAAGUGCUGUCGAGUUACCGACGAAGACCUAACGCCUGUUAGAAACAUUUUGGAGAGAAUUUCCAUGAGGGAAAAAAGUGUUUCUCAAGCUGACAGAAUGUUGGCCAGGCAGCUAAGUCGUCGGCUACGGGGUUCAUUUCAGCGAACUCAAUCGUUUGAAAGUCGAGGGAGCCUUCCGAGAAUUUUCCGAACGAGGACGACUCACUCGAACAUAUUAAGUGGAGAUUUGCCUGAACUUUUGGAUACAAUGCUUCCCACUCUUUCGCCAAACACGGACACGGGGCGGAACACUCCCAAUCAGGAAGCUAAUCGCAAUGCUUUAGCAGUGACUGCAGUUUGAAAUGUAAACAGUAUUCAGUUCCAGGUUCUUACGCUUAAUUUGCAGUAGCGCUGGGUUUUGAUUGAUUAAACUGUGUGAAUGUU